AUGUCGUCACAACUUCUACCGAAACAGCACGGCAGGCGGCGACGGUACUACACUCCCGAAGAAAUUAAUGCGCACAACUCUGCUGAUGAUGCCUGGUUUUCGCUGUUUCACAAUGUGUUUGAUCUCACGGAGCUAAUUGCCACCCAUAGAAGCAAUUUAACCCAGCCCUUGAUCAGCAAUGCGGGGCGCGAUAUCUCGCAUUGGUUCGACGGCAAAACCAUGAUGGUGAAAUCCUACUACAGUGAGGACAAGGGGGUCAUGCUUCCAUAUGUUCCCAUGGGUCGCUUUCUCAACGUACCACCAUCUGGACCGACUUCGGAAUGGUCCACAGAACUCUUCGAUGGGAUACCUUGGUGGAAAGAUGAACGGUAUGUUGUCGGCCAACUCUCAAAGAACGUUCGUAAGCUCAGGAUCGUCAACGUCCUGACGCAACAGUCUGAUGUGCUGAAUGUGUGUGGCGAAGAGACUGUCGAGGAAAUACAAACUCGGUAUAUACAAUACAAUGCGCAUGCCCUCUGUUAUACUUGGAAGCAGCUGAAGGACGAAAAUUUCGUGAAAAUGGAUAUGAGCAAGACUUUGGAACAAUCUGGGAUUUUUGAUGAAAGCACUCUGUUCGAGAGUAUGGGAAUAGACGAAGAUCAAUAUAUUCCAGUUGUGCAUGUGUACUUCAACGAUGAUUUGACUUACGAUUAA